CUUCUAUAAUGCCACUUUGUUGUUCUUCAGCCGGGUAAUUGUUAUUUGAACUUCUUCAAGGUCGCGCAAUGGACGGUCUGUUCCAUUGUCAUCGAUUGGGGAAUCGGGUUCGCCUUCUCCUGGCGUUAUGCUUUGGCUGCCAUUCAGCAGGCUGGAGAAGUGUUUUAUCCUUAAUUUUAGUAUGCUCUGAGCAUAGGUUUCUAGAUUAUCUCUAAGGGUUAUACAAGAGUGUGCUCCAGUCUUGAAACCUUCUGUUAGUCGGGAACUUUUCAAUUGACCUGUUAACUUGACGAUAAUAUCUGAAUUAUAUACAUAGGUAUGUAAUAUACAUAUGAUGAGACUUCAGAAAACUUCUAUGUGCUCUGAAUAUUUUGUAUGAAACCAACUUUCCUUAUAAGAAUAUCAAUACCAAGUUAACGAUUAAGUUUAUGUCACGGCUUACUAUCACAGUGCUGGCGGUUAUUUUAUUUCUAUGUAAAAUUUCAGCGAUCAAUGACUAGCUUAGCUAUUUCUGUUUUCUAUUUUAUACUAGAAAGGCUUCAGACUCUAAAACCAUCUAGAAAGCGGAACUAGUAUUCGAGUAACUCAGUCGUGGAUACUAAAAUAUGCUUUGUAUGACCCUGAGCUCAUAGAUAGUUUGAAAAUCUAAAACUUGUUGAAUGAUGACAAAAGUACUUGAUUUACUGACAGACAGACAUACAUCACUUAAGCGUCUCUGAACUUUUUUCAGCACCUUCGAUUUCAUAACGUAGACGGCUUGAUUAACUGCUUUGUUCAUGGACUAUGGAAAUUAGCACAUGUGAGUGGAGUUAAUCUACGAAAUCAACCAAUUAAUGUAGAAUUAGUGAGUGACAGCGAUUUGCAUUUCAAAAUCAGUCAAGCAUUUCUUCUGGUAAAUAAAACAUAAAUGUCACAUAUUUUCAAAGUAAUUUCAAACAAAAUCUGAGAACUGGUUAAUUCUUAAAAGUAUAUGUGUUCCUCAAAUAUAUCAAAAAUAACGGUAAUUAUUUGUUCAUUAUUCUAUAUUUCACACCUUUCAUUUUCAUUUAUGAAUAAUCUUCACAUAUGGCUCUGAGCAACUUCAAACACUUUUGUAUGUAACAUCGUUGCCUGAUCUUCGGUUACUUGUUGCACCCAUAUAAUCGUACCAAACGAAAGAAAUAAAUUUAAAACGUUGUUUUGGGUUGUGGGCGCGGUUUACUGGCCUUGCGUCAGAUUUAUUGUCUUGUCACACGGCUUACCUACUGAACUACAUGUGUGGAUACCUGGGCAUCUUUCGUUGCGCAGAAGCGACGCGAGCAGCGGACGGAUGCGCCGAAAAGUAGUUUGUUUGUUUUAGAAAUAUUAUUUCAUUUUUGGUGAUGACAAGACUUACCGUUGGGACGCCAAUAAAUCUGUUGGCUGUUUCCAAACAGAGAGGUGAUACGCAUAAAUUGUCGAACUGCGCCACAAAACGAAACUAUCUCACGGUAUAAAUACCAAAGCGUCUUUGACCACUGAGCAUUCAUUUGUUUGAUUCCAACAAGCGAUUACCUGGAACUAAUUACAAAUAUGUUCAAAUAUUUUAUCUUCUUUGCUGCCGUCGGGCUCAGCCACAGCCUUACCACUUUUGGUCGAUCUGCCAGUAUCAGCAGCAGCAGCAGGAGCUCGCAUCCGAGUGGCGAUGAAGCUCACGCAGAAAUAAAGGCCAUGCGCUCCGAUGUGCGUCCAGAUGGUUUCGAGUACGCACUGGAGACCAGCAAUGGUAUUCAAUCUGCACAGUCGGGCGAUGCGAGCGGCAAUGUACAUGGCGAUUUCCAAUGGGUUUCACCUGAAGGUGAACAUGUGCAAAUCUCCUACAUUGCCGACGAGAACGGCUAUCAGCCAAAGAGUGAUCUUCUGCCAACCCCGCCUCCAAUUCCAGAGGCCAUUCUCCGAGCGCUCGAAUACAUACGCACUCAUCCACCUAAAGAGGAACCGAAGCGCCGUAUCUCAGCUCCUUCCACCUCCUAUAAGCCGCCCAAGAAGCCCACCCCUCGUCGCAAAUAUUAAGUGAGAGGUGCAAAGCACAAAAUGGUCAGCUCGAAUGCCCGAAGCAUUUGUACAAGAAAUAUUCUUGUAUUUGUGUAAAAGUCAAAUAUUAUUUCAAAAGAAAAUAUAUAAUUCACAAAAAAAUUCGAAGAAGAACUUAUUAUUAAGUGUUAUUAUUUACAUACAUACGUUUAUUAAUCAGUUAAUGAUAACUGCGAAGCAUGAAAGGGUAGAAUAAUUUUCAAGUUGAGCCUUAAAAUGCUUUGAUUAGUAGGUCAAGUUUUCAUCGCUUGUUCUGAUAACGGUUUGUUAGUAAAUAAAUGUACGUACUCGCAUACUUCUCUUUACAUUACACUUCUCAUUACCAACACUACUGAAAGAGACGUGAAUUCUCUUUUAAAUCAAGUCGGUCUCUCUUUUCCAUGAAAAUGUCUGUAGGGCCUUGGCUUAUGCUGCGUAACCGUACGAUUCUCAUUAUCUAUUGCUUUCAGCUGCUUACUGAAAUAUACUCUCUUAUAAGCUGACAUCUUAGCUUACAAGACACACAUUGAAGUUAGUAUUAGAGUUCAAUCAUUCAAAAUUCCUGUUGAUAGUUUUAAUUACUCCUGAUUUCUGUUCUAUUC